ACUAACAGAGAGCUACAUCCCAACUGUUCUCCAGCAAAAAUCAAGCCGACCUCUCCUACCUGUCCCACCCGAAGAAUAUCACCCUAUUUGGACAAGAUGCUAGCUAAAUUCGGCCUGUUCGCUAUCUUCCUAGUCCUGGGGACUUCUGCCUUCGACACCGAACCAGAGGAAUCCUCUCCUCGCCGUGCACGCUUCUCCUCCAACAGCCCCUCGGAAGUGGCUGGGUGUUUGAGUGGUGCUGUAGCCGUGGGAUGUGGACCAUUUGCCUGCCUGGAGAAUUCUACCUGUGACACGGAUGGCAUGCACGAUAUCUGCCAACUAUUCCUCCACACCGCAGCUACCUUCAACACACAGGGUAAGACAUUUGUAAAGGACAGUCUGAGGUGUAUUGCCAAUGGCGUCACGUCUAAAGUGUUCCAGACCAUCAGGCGCUGUGGAAUCUUCCAGAGGAUGAUCUCUGAGGUCCAGGAGGAGUGUUACAGUAGGCUGGACAUCUGUGGUGUGGCUCGCUCCAACCCUGAGGCCAUUGGAGAGGUGGUACAGGUACCUGCACACUUCCCCAACAGGUACUACAGCACUCUGCUUCAGUCCCUGCUGGCCUGUGAUCAGGAGACAGUGGCGGUUGUCAGGGCAGGGCUUGUUUCAAGGCUGGGGCCAGACAUGGAGACCCUCUUCCAGCUGCUGCAGAACAAGCCCUGCCCCCAGGAUUCUAACCAGGGUGUUAACUCCUCCCCUCCCGGCUGGCGCAUGGGGUCUCCCCCCUCCUUCAAGAUCCAGCCCAGCAUGAGAGGAAGAGACCCCACCCACCUGUUUGCUAGGAAACGCUCUCUGGAGGAGUCGGAUAGAGAGAUGGAGUAGAGAGGACACACACACUCACACCACAGCUACCUUAAACACAUAAACACUCUCAUUUUAAAAAAAACAUUUGAGUCAUUUAGCAGACACUCUUAUCCAGAGUGACUUACAGUUAGUGAGUGCAUACAUUU